CAUUUCAACAACCGACCUUAGCUCAGUUGGUAGAGCGGAGGACUGUAGUAUGAAAGCUGAAAUCCUUAGGUCGCUGGUUCGAAUCCGGCAGGUCGGAUUUUUUUAAUUUUUUUUUUAUUUCAAUUCCUUUUUUUUUUUUAAUGUUAAUUUUUAAAUAUCAUUGGGCCUCAUUCAAUCCUUUCCGAAUCCCCGCAUACUGCUUUAUUACGAAUAAGAAGCCCAGAUUUCGGCCCAAUUUCACGCGAGAGAGAAGUAAAAAUCGACGACGGGUUUGGAAGAGGAGGCGGCAGCGAAAGAGAUGGCGCGUAGCAUCACGUACAUCACCGGCUCUCAGCUUCUCCCGCUCAUCCGCCGCCCUAACAUCGCAAUCAUCGACGUUAGGGACGACGAGAGGAGCUACGACGGCCAUAUAGCUGGAUCCUUGCACUACGCGAGCGAUUCGUUUUUGGAUAAAUUACCAAAUCUCGUUGAAGCUACCAAAGGCAAGGAUACUCUCGUUUUCCACUGCGCUCUCAGCCAGGUUCGAGGACCCAAAUGUGCUCGAAGGUUUGCUGAGUAUGUUGCUGAAGCGAAAGAUUUGGGAGUGAAAGAUAUAGUAGUUCUUGAACGCGGAUUUAAUGGUUGGGAAGCUUCGGGUAGGCCUGUAUGCCGCUGCAACAACGUUCCCUGCAAGGGUGACUCAAAACCCUAAUGCCCUGUGAGGAUGGAUGGCUGCAAGAAAAUAAAUUCUGCUAUUGCCCUGAUGAUGAGACAAUUGCAUUGAUCUAAAUAUAUAUAAGCAUUGGUGUGAGGAAUUAUAUUCAAGUUGAGUCACAAGUUAUGUCGAAAUCUGGCUGUUUUGGAGCUGAUUUAUGAUGUUUUAUUGUAUAUUUCUUGUUGUAUGCUACUAUGUAUAUUGACCGGACUCCAAACAAUGAAACGUGAAUAAACUUGAUAAAUUGCUUGAUUUAA